UGUUCGUAGCAGUUAGUAACUAAGCAAUUAUUUAGUUACAAUCAUAAGGAUUAUUAAAAACAGACAUUGAUCUGUUUUGAUUAUAAAACAUUAGUUAAACUAGAAAAAUAGCUGGAAUGGAGCAUUCAAAACUCUGUCCAAACGCUUAAAUUAUCACUGACCCAAUCCAAUAAUUAGAUUUAUUUAGUAGCAUGAUUACUAUGAAGAUAACAUUAACAAAUUUUGAUGUACUUAUCAAUUUGUCAUCAUCGUCUUUUUAUUUUAUUUCUCCAUUUCUAUGCAUUAUCUUCCAACUAUAAAAAUAACCACUCUACUUUCUAAAAUCCACCACACUCAGAGAAGAAGAAAAAAAACAAAACCAAAGCUUUCUAAUUUCUCUAUAGAGAGAUCGAAUCGAGUCAAAGAUAAUGGAAGGCAAAGAAGAAGACGUUAGAGUUGGAGCUAACAAGUUCCCGGAGAGACAACCAAUCGGAACAUCAGCUCAGAGCGACAAGGACUACAAUGAACCACCACCGGCUCCGUUUUUCGAGCCUGGUGAGCUUUCUUCAUGGUCCUUUUGGAGAGCUGGGAUCGCUGAGUUCAUCGCUACUUUCCUCUUCCUCUACAUCACUGUUUUGACUGUUAUGGGAGUUAAAAGGUCACCCAAUAUGUGUGCUUCCGUUGGAAUCCAAGGAAUCGCUUGGGCUUUCGGUGGUAUGAUCUUUGCCUUAGUCUACUGCACCGCUGGUAUCUCCGGUGGACACAUCAACCCGGCGGUUACUUUUGGUCUGUUCUUAGCCCGGAAGCUGUCGCUUACCAGAGCUCUGUACUACAUAGUGAUGCAGUGCUUGGGAGCCAUCUGUGGUGCUGGCGUGGUCAAAGGGUUCCAGCCUAAGCAAUACCAGGCUCUAGGAGGAGGAGCCAACACUGUGGCUCAUGGUUACACCAAAGGAAGUGGUCUUGGAGCUGAGAUUAUUGGCACUUUUGUCCUUGUAUACACAGUGUUCUCAGCAACUGACGCCAAGAGAAACGCUCGUGACUCUCAUGUCCCUAUUCUUGCACCACUCCCAAUCGGGUUUGCGGUUUUCUUGGUUCACUUGGCAACCAUCCCAAUCACUGGCACAGGCAUCAACCCAGCUAGAAGUCUUGGAGCUGCAAUCAUCUACAACAAAGACCAUUCAUGGGACGACCACUGGGUGUUUUGGGUUGGACCCUUCAUUGGAGCUGCACUUGCUGCUCUUUACCAUGUGGUUGUCAUCAGAGCCAUCCCUUUCAAAUCCAGAAGCUAAGUUAAAACAAGACAUCAUCAAGUCUCCUGGUUUCUUGUCCUUAGUUGCUUCUAUUGUUGAUCUACAUGUAUGUGUGAAAUGUGUUUAUCUAUGUGCCCACUUAAUGCAAUCUUUGUAAACAAGGAAAGAAAUUCCCAAAAGGGAUUUAUUUGCAAAUUGUUAAUCUGUUUAUUACAAAAUUACAAUCAAAGAUGUUUAACAUGGA